UACACACAGUGACGCUGUUUUGCACCUAAAAACUCACUGCAAAUAAACCUUAUGUGCUGAACAUUUUUUCCACGUUCAGUAAUCUGACACCGCUGCUGGCCCGAAAAGUCUCAGUCGAAGGAUGGACUCGCAACUUUCCUUUGCAGUAAUAGUCCGGCGAGAACAGACGAGAGGGACCGAACCGGAGGCGAAAACAGUGCGCGAAAAAAAAUAACCCGUGGUGGUACCGGGUGCCUGAAGUUUCUGAAUUAGGUGUCCGUUUGAAAUUAUAUCAAAGCAAGAAGUUUCACGUUGCACAGGUGGAUGGGUGACUACCGGUCUCGGCGGCGCUUUGUGAGGAGGAGAUUAUGAAGAAUUUCAGCAACAGUCCCCUUCACAACAACCAGACUCCAAACCACGUUAGAGAUCGGAAAAACAAAAAAAUCGGCUUUCUCUCAGCGGUUCCGUUGCGUGUUCCCCUGAGAGGUUAUGGUUUCUGUAUGGCUACUCUUUUUCUCUUCUGUUUUGGGUCUCUGUUUUACCAGUUGAAUGGAGGACCCCCCGAAAUUCUGCUGGACAUCCGACAGUAUCUCGGAGAGUCCACGUAUCUCGAUGACCACGGACCCCCAGCUCCCAGGGUUCUGCCGUUCCCCAGUCAGGUGGUUUAUAACCGCGUGGGGAAGUGUGGCAGCAGGACAGUGGUCAUCCUACUGAGGUUGCUGGCAGAGAGACAUCAGUUCAACCUUGUCUCCUCAGACAUCCACAACAAGACACGCCUCACCAAACAUGAACAGGUGGAUCUUAUGAGGAACAUCAGCAACAUCCCUCAGCCCUUCCUGUACACCAGACAUGUACACUUCCUCAACUUCACCAGGUUCAGGAUAGAGCAGCCCGUCUACAUCAACAUCAUACGGGACCCCAUUAACCGUUUCCUCUCCAACUACUUCUUCCGACGUUUCGGGGACUGGAGGGGUGAGCAGAACCACCUCAUCCGAACACCAGGGAUGAAGGAUGACGAGAGAUACCUGGAUAUCAAUGUCUGCAUCCUGGAGAAUUACCCAGAAUGUUCCAACCCCAGACUCUUCUACAUCAUCCCUUAUUUCUGUGGACAGCACCCACAGUGCAGAGAGCCGGGAGUAUGGGCUCUGGAGAGGGCCAAACAGAACGUUCUAGAAAACUUUCUUAUCGUGGGGAUCCUAGAGGAGCUGGAAGAUGUCCUGCUCCUUCUCGAGAGACUGUUACCUCACUACUUUACUGACGUACUCAACAUUUACAAGAGCCCAGACUACAUGAAGAUGGGGAACAUGACUGGCACGGUGCGUAAACACACACCCACUCUGGAAGCUCUUCAGGUGUUAUACCACCGUAUGCGCUAUGAGUACGACUUCUACAACUUCAUCCGAGAGCAGUUCCACCUGAUGAAGAAGAAGAUUGGCCUCAAGUCAGUCUCCCGACCCACUGCCCACCAGGCCUCCUUCCUAAGAGAGCUGGCCGUCCGAACCCCAGAGCCCCUUGACGAAGAUGAGGAGUUGGAGACCGACCUCGAGGACGCCAACAGCUGGUUCGUCCAGCCCUGACAGGUCCCGUGGCAACUGAAGACUUUACCAGCAGCUGGUUGGCUGGAGGUGGCAUGAGAAGGGGGCGGGGAAUACGCCCUGUCUGUCAGCAUUCCCAGGAGGACGAUUGGUUGGGGGUGUGUGGAUCCUGAUGCCCGUGUUUUUACGGGCUCCAUUUUCCGUUUGGCUCGGACUCUCUGCUCAUGGCUGAGGACCUUGGGAGUGGGCGGAUGGAUGGAUGGACUAACUGCCAUAUUUGAAGAUUGAAGAUGAAUGGAAUCUUUAAAAAUGUAACUUUGGUUGUUUUAAGGUUUGAUUUGACUUGGUUUAGCUCAAAUGUGACAGUGUCUAUGGAUAACAGAAUCAGUUUACUUUGCUUAACAGACGUUGAAAUGAUAUAAGACGGUCAAAUGGCAAGAAGAGCACCCAACUAUGAAUUCAGAGAAUUCCAAACGUGUGCCUAUGAUUGGAUUAGACAUUUAUCCAACUGACAAUAUAUGAAGAUGAGUUGAAUAUCUUGGGACAUAACUAGGGAAAUAUUGAGGAAAUAUUAUGUUCAUUGGUGAAAAUGUAUGUUUGUCCUCAAUUGUCGAUGUUUUUAUUAAGACAGAGCAUUAAUGUUUGACAUCCUACAACAACAAUAAACACUCAAAGAAAAAUAUUUUAUUAAAAAGAUAGAGCUGAAGGAUGAAACAUUUUAAUCCAAAGCUUUACCUGAACUCACCAAAUGAUAUUACCAUUUGUUAAGUCUUAACUCACUGCACUUAAUCUUAUUUUGAUGUUGUUCAACUUCAGAUGUCUACUUUGUUUUCUCUGUUUUCAAACUCUCUCCUAACUCUCAGUUCUACAGUAUUUCAUAGUGCAGCCAUGGUGUUACACUUUGGUCAUUUUAGGUGACUCAACAUCCAGAGAAUAAAUGGCCACAACAACAAGCGAUUACCUAGCAUUAGUACCUACAGUAUGCUGUACAACAUGCCAAUCUAAUAUACAGAUUGUGGUAAGGCCUAUGUAGUCAUUGUCAUUGUCUUCCGUGUGGAUUUUGUUAUUGACAGUUUAAUUUAUUAUUAUUAUUAUUAUUAUUAUUAUUAUUAUGUAUUCAUUUGCAUUCCAGAUAAGAUUCUCAGGAAAAAAAAAGGUUUCUUACAAAGUUGAAAUAAUUUGUACUUUUAGGAUUCUUACAACUAUCUAGUUAUUCAUACUAUCUAAAGAUUAGUCAAAGGUCCAAAAUAAAAUAUGAUCAGCUUAAAGAAAUGGUGAAACUGUUUUACAAUGAAUGGAAUCCAUGAAUUUCAAUAUCCUCAGAGAGUUUUCAAAAUAAAAACGUAACAAUGGCA